AUGUGUCUUCAAGACAGUGCCCUCCCAUUAUGGCACAUAUCCAUCAGCGUGCUCUUCCAACCAGCCGGCCAUAUCUCAUUCGUUGAAGACUUGAAAGCCAACACCACAUUCCUAUCUCCCAUUACAGGCGCGCUCUGGUCUGCUCGCACUGUAUUCGGAGUUAUUGGUUGCAGGGUAUCCAACUUUGCGAAUGUUCCCGGAGCUCUAUGGCUCGCCUCAGAGAAGGAGUUUCAGGAUCAUGAUGGACCCUACGUGAUGACUAGGCUCGGCAGAGGGCCACGGAAUAUCUAUGUGACUGCUCGAUGGAUGUUUUUCGUCCUCGUCACGUUCGCUCUUUACCUCAGUCUUGUCUACUUUGUCCAAGUCUGGUGGGCGACAACAUGGGCGACCUGCCUGAUAAUCAAGUUUUUCCUGCUGGAAAUCCUGACAAGAUACUACGACCCACCGCGAACAAGGAUCGUUGUACACACAGCCUGGCCCGAAGUACCGCUCAUCACUCUAGCCACCACUUCUCGAGUCCCCCCUGCUUCGCCCUCCGACAAAUGCGACCAGAACCAGGUCCAAGAGAGGGAAGAUGUCCCGGGGCAACGCAUAGACCCCAAAGACGCCCAGGACCUUCUCCCCCUCUGCAGACGCAUCGAGAAAUUCUGCUCAGUCAUGACCGAAAGCCCAGACAAAGCGGAACGAAGCCGCAUGACCCCAGCCAAAACCUUCUACCUUCGCAAGGCGCUAAACCACGAAUCGCUUGAUUUCCGACUCGACUGCGCGCACACGCGUUGUUUCCUGUUUAAACUGUUCCAUAUACUAGCCCACGCCCUGCCCUAUCUGUCAUUGACCCUCGAGGCUCUGGCCGUCCUUUACCUGGGCCAUCAGAACCUACGCACCAUCACCAUCCUCGUCACAGGGUGGAUUAUGAAACCUCGCUGGGUGAUGUUCAUCGUCUCCCUGGCGACCAGGGUCUUUGUGGUCCUCCUCCUCCCGGUCCUUCUUGGUUCAGUGAUCCUUGCCUAUCGGCGCAUGCGCAUCCCGGCCGCAGAGGUGACGUUUGGACGCCGCGUCUUGGAGGUUAUAUGUUUGACGAUCCUGGCGAUUGCUUGCGUGCUGUACUUCCUCGCGUUUGGGUAUCCGCCCGUUUCUCCUAUCGCUCUUGCGUGGGUGGGGGAGGCAUUCGCUGCUCCAAUAGUGCUGAUGGCGGGGUUCGGAAUCUCUCGACGGAUCGUACGAGGACCGCGGCAGCGGGGGGAUGAGCCCUGGUCGACCGGUGAGGAUUGGAGGAAGAUCACGGAUGAGGAGAGGGUUGUGGAUGACCCGCCGCUGUCGGAGUAUCUGGUUAUGUUUGCUUGGACUGUGGUGUUUAUGAUUCCUGCGGUCGUUGUGUGGGUUGUGAUGAAGACAGCUUUUUGUGCUGCGAUAGCCGCGCAGGAAGCGGAUAUCCAGAGGAGGUUUGAGGAGUAUUAUGAGCAUCCGGGAUUUUAG